AUGGUGUACAAACCACCAGGCACCUCCAUCUCGUCACGUGGCAUCUCACCGCAGCGGCCCCAAUAUCCGGCCAGCAACCAGCGCGGUGACAUCCAGCAACGUGGACGACGGCGGGGUGGUGCAUUGGCGGGUGAAGCAUUUCCCGCUACUACCACCUACAGUAACAGUGUGCGCAGUAAGCUAAACAAUCAUGUCCCAGCGGGUGACAGAGGCACCGGUACCGGUGGUAGCAUGAAGCGAUCAAACAGUCUCAACAACAAGUAUAACAAUAACGCGACAGCGACGCAGACACGUCGCUCAAACAGCAUUGAGCGGAUGAACAAUGGCAAGGUGUACCGUGGACGUAGUCCGUUGCGAAACUCGACCUCGAAUCUAAGCACAACCAGCGGUGCCAUUGGCAAUCCGAACGGUACCGGCCGAAACCACCCGGUACUGAUUCGUUCCAGAGGAAAUGACAUCGGUAGCAUAGAUAAUUUAGAUAACAUCACACAAGCGUCCACCGGAAGCAGCAACUCGAUGCCCGGAACACCGGAAGAUAACAUCAACGUAGUGGUCCGAGUGCGACCGUUAAGUAACAAAGAGGCAAGACAUGGUGACGAGAUGGUGGUACAAUUCCCUGGAAAUGGCCAAAUAUUGUGUGAUGGAAUUCCGUUAAGCUCCGGUGCUGGUGGCCAGAAGCCGAAAUUGUUUUCUUACAACGUAGUAUUCGAACCAGGCGCUUCACAGGACGAUGUUCUGCAAUACUCUGGCAUAAAGCGGCUGAUCGAGAUGGCGAUCGAAGGCUUUAGCUGUACGGCAUUUUGCUACGGUCAGACCGGUUCGGGUAAAACACAUACGCUUACGGGACCACCGGAGUUGUUUUAUCGCAAACCAGACCCGGCACACGAAGAUCAUGGGUUGGUUUUUCGCUCCUUUCUGUAUUUGUUCAAGUUGCUGCAAGAGCGAAAAGAUACCAACUUUAUCCUGAAGGCAUCCUUCCUGGAGAUCUACAACGAAAAGGUGAUAGACCUAUUGAAUCCUGGCACUGCAAGAAAGCCUCUCGCCGUCAGGUGGUCCAAAAAAUCACGUGGUUUUUUUGUGGAGAAUCUCUUCACCGUCGACUGUGAGGAAUUGGAUGAUCUACUAGCGGUCCUGGAGGAAGGAAUGCGAAAUCGACACGUUGGUUCUCACCUGAUGAACGAUUAUUCGUCCCGCAGCCACACGAUCCUCACGGUGCACAUCACCUCCGAACAACAGGCCGAGGGUGGUGUGUUCAUUUCAAAGCAAGGCAAAAUUAACUUUGUCGAUUUGGCCGGCAGCGAGAUGACGAAGAAAACGCACAGUGAGGGCAAAACGCUGGAGGAGGCGAAUAACAUCAACAAGAGUUUAAUGGUGUUGGGGUACUGUAUUGCUUCGUUAAGUGACUCGAAGAAACGUAGUGGUCACAUUCCGUACCGGGACAGCAAGCUAACAAAACUGCUAGCGGACAGUCUUGCGGGCAAUGGAGUCACGUUGAUGAUCGCAUGCAUAUCACCCGCGCACUCGAAUGUGACCGAAACGGUAAACACACUGCGCUAUGCAGCACGUGCAAAACGCAUCCGCACGAAACCGAUCAUCGUGAUGGACCCACGGGAAGCACUGAUCUUGAGCUUGAAGCGGGAAAUCGGAGCUCUGCAAGUAGAAAAUGAACAUCUCCGAACGGCACUCAACCUUCAGUCGGAAGCGCAGGACAUCAACAGCCAGGUGGAUCUGUUGGAGCGUAGACCAGUACCACACACACCGCCGAAAGUGGAUCUGGAAAAGCUUACCGAUAUGGAAGGUAACGAGCUGAAGGAGCUGGUAAAGGUGUACAUCAUGGAAAACCAAGCGCUUCGGCAGGAGAACGCCGAGCUAUACUCGACGCGAGAAAUGAUCAUUCGUGAUCAGGAGCUGGUUUGUCGGGAGAAUGAACGAUUGCUCAAAAAGUUGGAGGAUGUAAAUUCAGUAUGCUGCCGUUCCCCGAUCAUACCGGCUAGGCCGACGUUUUCUGCCGAAAUGCUAAAUUUGUCUGCCGCGAGCGGAGACGUGGAAGUGUCGAAUAUAUGGCGCAAUCCACUGAGUUCCAGUGCAGAUAGCAUGAACCGGUAUCGUAACGAAUCGCUGGAUGGGCGUGUGUCGGCAAAUGAGAAUAAAAUUCCGGAACUGUUGCAGAAAGAAUUGGACAAACGCCGGAUUGGGGACAGCAUUACCACCAUUGCUAACAACUUGAAGCGCAAUAAUUCGUGGGACAAUACAAAUCGAUCGAACGGAACGGGUCAUAGCGUAAAGCUGGCCUCCCGUAAAGGCUCAGCCGACAGUCGCCAUUCGGAUCCAAGUCAGGCAAGAUCGAGUCAGACAAGAAUUAUAGACCUCACGCAAAUCCCGUAUCAGACGGCUCGUUCGAAUGCUGCGUCUCAACCAUACUGGAGACGUUCAGCACAAGUGAGGGCGACUAGUGCCCAUAAAACAGGAACGCCAAUGUUUGUCCGGAAAGAGAACAAUCUGUUCGCAAAGAGUAAAUCGACGGAUGAAGGUCUUCUGCCAUUGAGGCGGAACGUAUUCGGUAGCCUGGUGUCGCUUGAUGCCGAAAGCAACAUUUCGCCCUUGUGAAACAGCAUGAUCAGCUAAAUGAAUGC